UGGCGUCUGGCUUGGCGGAAAUACUAAGUUAACAAUUUAAGUGUGAAUUUAUCAACGUUGUGAUUCCACAAAAGAAAAAGAGCAGCAACAGUAGAUACAGAAAAUGCCAAUUGAUGCACCAGUCAGACUUUCUUCAGAAAAUGAAAAUGGAAAUGCAGAGGAAAAAAGCGAUGUUCCCUCUCUUCAAACUGCUCUUGUAAAAUUUGUUGAACCACACUCAGAAUCGGACGAAAACAAUGGCGAAGAGCCUUCGCCUCUUAGCCGCGAGGUUACCAAAGAAAUACGGAAGAGAAGGAAGACUAUAGUUAAUUCGUUUCGACUGGCAGAGCUAGUUCCAACUACGAACACUCCUCACUCAAAUUACCGGAGAAAGUCGAUUGUUGUGUUAACAACAGAAACUGUCAUAGACGCCAAAGCUGAACAACAUUUCACUGAAGGCCUAACAUUUGCUGAAUUAGAAGAUCAUAACCAAGCCAUAACAUCCUACAAUAAAGCUAUUUCUCUGAAGCCAGACAUUGUGAAAAAUUAUAUUGCAAGAGGGGAGAGUUACUUACAGAUCUGUGACUUUCAGUCAGCAAUUUUAAACUUUAAAAAAGCAUGUAUAUUGGAUCCAGAUAAUGAUUUGACUUAUUCUAGAUUAGCAUUCCUUUACUUUUUACAAGGACAAUGUUUAUUUGAUGAAAAACUUUACAGUGAAGCAUUGGAAUCAUUUUCUAGAGCAGCUGAGAUGAAACCUGAGGUGAUUGGUUAUCACACAAGGAGUGUGGCUUGCUUGGCUGCUCUUCAAAGACAUGGAGAAUGUUUAGCACUUGUUAAUAAACGACUUGAAGAAGAAACUGAGAACCCAGACCUUUUCAUCAUGAGAGCCAGACUUCAUGAACUGUUCCGUAAUUCAACUCUUUGCUACUAUGAUGUCAAAGAUGCACUUGCACUAGCUCCAGAUAACACAGAAGCUAAAACUCUUAUGGCAUCACUUGAAAAGAGGGCAAAGGACAGCAGACAACAGGCCAUACAGUUACAUUUGGUUGGUAAGGUAAAAGAGGCUCUCUCCAAAAUCUCCAUUGCUAUUGAAACUAAUCCAUCCAUGGCAGAAUUCCACGUCUUUCGUGGCAGUCUUCAUAGAAGGAUGUCUGAUUUCAAUGCUGCUAUAGAUGAUUAUCUACUAGCCAUGGAUAAAACUGAUCACGAGGAAUCAAAUGAGACAUACAAGGAGGCACAGAGACAGUUACUUCUCUGUUAUAAUGACUUUGCUGUGGAAUGCUUCAGGAAAGAAUUCUAUGAUGAAGCAGUUGUUCUUCUGAACAAAGCGAUUAAAGGGGAGAAAAAAGAAAAAGGACUGUAUAUCAACAGAGGAGAUUGUUUCUUCCGGCUGAAUGAGUUGCACUUUGCUCUUUCCGACUACCAGCAAGCACUGGAGAUGGACAGCAGUGAUUGGUCCGUGAGAUGCCGACUGUCUAUUGUUUAUAAUGAGUUUGGUAUACUGGAGUAUUACGACAGACAUUAUUUGGAGGCUAUUGAUCAUCUUACCAUGUGUAUCCGCUACAACCCCCGCAUUGGAGCUUACUACCUGUCACGCGCCAGGGCCCGGUACAUGAUCGAGGAUUUGGACGGAGCUCGGUAUGAUGUUCUUAUUUCACUAUCUUUGGAUCCAGAAAACAAAGAGGUUGUCUCCAUAUUUUCGCGCCUUUUUCCUGGGAGAUCAAUCACUGACGUCAUGAAGAGUCACAUGGGAAUAACAGCGGCGCGUCAGGCCGAGGCUUCCAUCAGAGAAACAAACAGCUAUCAAGAGCUGUCUCAGCAUGCUACAGGUGCGAAGAAUUCAGAGACAGCUGCCAGAUUUAGUGGCAAAUCAAUUCUCCCUCCAAUUCGUGGCUCGGUAUUCCCUGAAAUGCGAGUUUGUAUGGAGGAACAGGAUUUCCACAUCAAUAUUAUAAAGGGGAAGAAAAAGGCUACGAAAAUGGUACAUAAGGCUCUUAGUGCUCGCCAAGAUCUGACAUUCAGAGGUCCAAGAGUCCAGUCCACAUUGGGUAGUUUAACAAUCCCAACAGAAAGAAGUGUAGUGAAGUUCGAUGGGCUGUCUGAUAAGAGAACAAAAGAUCAGAAGGCUUUGGCUUAUCUUGCUUAAUAACUUGGUCAAAGAGAUUGAGGUGUCAUGGAGAAAGAGAAAGAAUGAUCAGGAAAAUUACAGAACUAGAAUAAUCAAGACAACUAUAUUUGAACUGUUUUAUGACUGGAAAUGGCGUUUGAGUCAGAAAUAUAGCUUUAAGCCGAUAUUUUUAUAAAAAAUAGUUUUUGUUUUUGGUCUUCUGUGGAUCAGUUCAGUAUCUGAAAAAUACCAAAUAACCUUUCAAAUGUCAAUUUUCAAGAAGUUCAAAUGUAUAUCAUUGAGACACUAUUUAUUAUACCAAAAUGUAAUUAUGUACAUAGUUUGGAAAAAAGUUAUUGAUUAAGACAUUGUAACGUAUUUUUGUUUGAGCAAAUUUUUAAGGAAAACGGCUUGGCCUCUUUCCGGAUGAGUUUCAGUGCCGCGAUGAACCCAAUAAAAUGUGGUUCUAAUGGAAUACCCUAAUAUUUGAGACAUUUAAAUCUAUUUUCGCGGUAACGGACCGUUAUAUGAUUCUUCACCCAAGAAUAGACGUACUUAAAUUGUAUGGGUAGAAAAUGACAUUUAACUUAAAUCCUUGAGUUAGCGCAUCACUUCGAAUUCAAAUGAACGUCCCUUUUAUCAGCCAAAAUUGAAUAUUAGCUUUUCUUUCCCCAACUCAUCACCUUUCCUUCCCCACACUGUAAUCACAGAGACUGUGAAACACAAAGGAUACAUAUGUGUAGUAAUGGUCUCGUCCGACUUAGGGUAUUGAUACCGUACUUGUUUCAGGCGGUAAAAAUGUAGAGUUUAAGUUAUGUAAGUGACGGCGUUGUGUGUGUUUGAGGAAUUGAACUGAUCGUUUGCAUCAUUUCCACCUUUAUUUUCAUCGAGCACUCAAAACAACUAUUAGCCAUACAGGAUGAUGGAGUUUGGAAACAACCUGUUUGAGAAUCAUCUGUAACGCCAUUGAAAGCCAACAAUUGUUAACGGUUGUUCGAGGGGUGGAUAACGCUAUCCUGUGGAUAAAUCUGUACUCAGUGGAUUACGCAGUGAAUGGCGAUUUACUUGUUGGAAAAGUUUAUAUGUCCUUCGAGUGACUUGGCCCUGCCUAUUGUAAAUUAAUACACAGCUGAGUUUUUGUUUGCGCACAAGCGCUGCAUGACUAAACGCUGUCAUAUCCGGCUCCCCGUUUGAAAGGUUACUGUCCCUGAGAUCGGUUAGUUCUCUGUAUGCGGAAUAUGACAAGAGGCACAGUACUGACGCUGAUACCUUACUUCUGGUGCGUUUUAUUUUUUAACUUACAAAAUUAUAUUUAAUUUGUGAUCUUAACUAUAAAAAUAAUUAGAGUGUCCUAACAGAGUGUCACUAUCAUAGCAAACCUAUUAAGAAAAAAAAAUUGUCUCUGAACAGUUUCCUGAGAAACACAGAUUGUGUUGGAUAAGUUUUGGAUAGCUCUAUCGGAAUGUUUCAUCAUUGACACCAGAUGCUGAACUUUCUUUUGAAAAGGCGAACCAAAAUACCUAUCACUAACAAAAAUGGAUGAUUUAAUGAACAAUUGGCACUUAAAGAUUAGCUUUACAUAGCGCAGCUACGACAUCCAUGUAAAUUUCAAACUAGUUGCUUAAGGUUAGGAAAGGUUUUGAAAUGAAACCUUUACCAAGAAUAGAUAUUUGAAUUUAAUAGUUUGUUUCUUUUAUGUAAAAUGUGUUUUAAAUUUCCAUAGAUGACCAAUUAAGGCACCUAAGUCAUUAUAAAUAG